AAUUGCGCUUGCGCAGUGACACAAAGUUAUAAUCAUGGCGGCUGCUACCGUUGGAAAUAAAUUUAUCUCAUUGUUUGCAAUUUUUCUUCUCCUCCGUGACGCGGGUGGAAUUUUGCCGACACUAACAACUGUUGAUAUCAGUAGGGAAGUGACAGAGAAAUGCGUCAUUGCUGUGUUUCCCUCAAAAAAUGGUAAUUUACUGGAGAUUGCAGACGAAAUCGGGCAGCUUUUUCUUCCAGCGCAGGUCCGCGCUAGGACGCAGGGAGUUUCGGGGCCAGGGGAUGGCAACAAACCGAGCACUGCGAACGAAACUCGAGUGACUGUGGGUAUAAUUGAAGAGCCAUUUGGUCAAAAUGAUGAUCGUGUGAGAAUAAAGAAUUCAUUCUCUGAGUCAGAAAAUGAUGUGGUAAUUGCCUUUCCACAGAUCAAGAAGGACCGUACAUGCCUGAUUCCUCCUCCCAAAUCGUUCUUGAUAGGGGAAGCAUAUCAUGGUCCAAUCUCUAAAACACACUUGUUAGAAUUUAUCAAUAUUCAAUGCCUUACUUAUGUGGAUGUUAGUGGCGGGCUGAAUAUAGAGGGCCUUCACAGGCGGGGUAUUCUAGACACGAUGUUCUACAUGCGUUAUCUACCAGAAAGUAUAGAAAUGACAGAGCUUUCAAGCGGAAAAGAGGACGGUGGUUAUUGUUCAGAUAAAGGGAUAAAAAGGGAAAGUGGCUCCAUGUCGGAGGAAGAAAAUUGCCACAAGAAAUCGAACCCUUCGGAUUCAGUCAAUGAUGAUAUCCAUUAUUCUGAUGAUAGCCUUCAAAAUGACAAACGUGAGGCUUUUAAUCAUCAUGCAACCAAGUACAGUGGGUCAAAUGCCCCGAUGGCCGAGUGUGAGCGAAUUUCUAGUCCAUCAAAAGAAGACUUCAUCAACUACUACCUGAAGCGAUCUCGCCCUGUUGUGAUUCCCAACGGAGCAAGGAACUGGCCGGCAUUCUCUAAGUGGACCAUGGAGUACCUACGCGAGUUGUACGGCGACAAGAUGGUCCACAUCAAGCUGGCUCCCGAUGGUGUCUUUGAAGGAGUGGAACCGGCCUCGCUUUGGGAAGAUUUCAAUCAGUUUUCUGUUCCUGAGCAAGUGAGCAGUCAACUCCUGUAUCCUGAUCUUGUUGUUGUCAGACCUGCCACACAAAACUUGAAGUUCUCAGAGUUCUUGGACCUGAUCCAAAAUGUCAGCGAUACAAAGACAAAAAAAAGAGAUGAAGAUCAGGCAAGAGUCUCGGCCUAUCUGGAGUAUUCCUCCAUCCUAUCACACUUUCCCCAGUUGGAGGAGGACGUUGAAGAACCAGCCUUCAUCCAGGAUGUCCUUGAGCGCCGACAUCUCAACAUCUGGCUCAGCGACGGCGACACUCUUGGAAAACUUCACUUUGACCCCUUUGAUAACUUCCUGUGUCAGCUGCGAGGCAGGAAGGAGCUGACACUCUUUGAACCUCAUAACAACACCCAGCUCUAUGAGGCCCACAUUCCUGAGGCUCUGCUAGGUUUUGAUCCAGGCUCUCAGAGAUUCCGGCGUAAGAAGCUGAUGGAUAGUACCUCUAUGGUGAUGUCUCCAGUGGACAUUCAUGACCCUGAUUAUCAGAGAUUUCCUGAAUUUGGUGGAGCUCGACCUUUAAACUGCACUCUGACAGAGGGCGACAUUCUCUUCAUGCCAGCGUUCUGGUGGCACGAGGUACAGUCCUAUCCCAAUCAAAGGGAAGGGAGAAAUCUAGCGGUCAAUUUCUGGUACGAGCCAUUCUUUACCAAAGAAUUUCCCUGUGCAGAGUGCAAGCUGGAUGUCAACCCAUAUUACAGACAUCUACUACACGUUGAAAAUGAGCCCUUUAGAGAAGAUGAUCAUUUCGAAGACUAGAUGAAAGUCUUUCUUCAAAUUGGCAACACUGAUAUUUUUCCUUUCACUUUUACAUCAUUCUAAUGAAAAGUCAUAUAUGUGGGAAAUUAAUGAUAAUAAUAAUAGCUAGUUCUUAUAUAGAGCUUUUCAGGACCGAAGGCCCUCACAAAGCGCUUUACAGAUAUACAUAUUAUUACCCUGGUCAUCGGAUUCAGGCUUACCCCCACACAAUGUAUGCACAUUCUCCACUCCCUGGGGAGCUUUUCAGCUGGGCCUCAUUUUUACAAGCACACACUUGCUAAUCUAAGCACAUUAGCUUUCGCAUCCUACCAGGUACCCAUUUAACACAUGGGUGGAGAGUGGCAAAUGUAGAUCAAUGUUUUGCCAAGUUGAGAUACAUUCACUUGAAUUGUAAAAAAACUAAAGUUUAAAACAUAAUCUUUCAUGGGAAGCCAAUGUCAUAUUUUUGCCAAUAUGUUCCUAAUUUGAAGAUUUAUAAGGAUUUAUAUUCUCUUCAAACUCCUGCAAUGAAAUAUCAUUUGGAAGUGCUGCAAAAACAGACCAUGCAUAAGAAAAAUAGAAUCAUAACCACAGUGCAUGUGUAUCUUUUUGUCAUCAGUACUAUUAUACUGUUAAAAUUGUGGUAAAAUGAGGUAAAAAUGAAUUCCAAUGUGUUUCUGCCUGUAGCCCUGUAGAGAUUUUAUGACAUCAUUCCAUUUAUGUUUACUUUUUAUAAAAUAUCAUAUCAUUAGCAUGAUGU